AUGAGAAAUAUUGCUAAUUGUUAUAAUGAACAUGCUAUAAAAGUAUCUGAUUCUUAUUGUUCAGGCCCUUCAAAUCAGGCGUCUCAACCCCCAAACUUGAGUCCUUCAAUCCAAAAUGCUGUUACAUGUAUCUACAAAGUCAAACUCUCAACUCAGAAGCAGUUCUUGAUCAAACUCACUUGGUGCAAACAAGGCUUCUCCGUUGGCAUCUUCGAUUCCAAAUUGUGUAAAAAUUUUCGGGUUUUACGCAAGACCAAAGGCGCCAAAACUUCUGAAUCCUGCAAUUCAAGAAUUGAAGUGUUUUGGGAUCUCUCUCAAGCUCAAUAUGAAAUUGGACCAGAACCAGUUAAUGGAUUUUAUGUUAUAGUAUUGAUCAACUCAGAGCUAAGUCUAACUCUUGGAGACAUAGAAAAUGAACUGAAGAAACUCAUUUCUGAUGUAAAAGUUGGGGAGUUUUCAUUGAUUUCUCGCAGUGAACAUUUCUCAGGUAAUUCUGUGUAUGCAACCAAGGCUAAAUUCAGCGACACAGGAAUAUAUCAUGAUAUACUUAUCAAAUUCUCAGCAGAAGAUGGGGGAUUAAAGAAUCCAGUACUAUCUGUUUAUAUAGAUAAGAAAAAUGUUUUCCAGGUAAAGAGAUUGAUGUGGAAUUUCCGCGGAAAUCAGACAAUUUUUCUCGAUGGAUUGUUGGUGGAUAUGAUGUGGGACGUCCAUAAUUUGUUUUUCAAUCCAUCAUCACCAGGAGAUGCAGCUGUUUUCAUGUUCAAGACGAGGAAUGGAUUCGAUAGCAGAUUGUGGUUUGAGGAGAAAAAUUUGGAGAUGAAAGAACAAGAAAAUAUUGGAUUCUCUUUGUUGAUCUGUGCCUGUAAGAAUACAGAUUGA